AUGGAUCUUGGAGAAAUUGUUGUGGCUGAAAGUCCGGCUGAGAGGAACCUAUGUGCAGAGAAGCAGCCAAGAAGCCAGGACGUGCUGGGGAGAAGUGGAAAACAAAUCCCCCAAGUUUUCAAGUAUCUCACAGGAGAAAUGAAAGAAUAUGGAGAGUGGAUGAAAAAUAAACCCCUCAUGUUUCAGCUGGUGGACUGGAUCUUGCGAGGCACCUCUCAAGUGAUGUUUGUCAACAACCCUCUCAGCGGGCUCAUCAUUUUAGUGGGGCUUUUCAUCCAGAAGCCAUGGUGGCUGCUGACGGGCUGUGUUGGAACUGUCACAUCAACGUUAACUGCUCUGGCUCUCAGUCAGGAGAGAUCAGCCAUUGCAUCAGGGCUGCACGGCUAUAAUGGGAUCCUGGUGGGAGUGCUCAUGGCUGUCUACUCGGAUAAGGGAGAUUACUACUGGUGGCUUCUUACCCCUGUGGCAGUUAUAUCCAUGGCCUGUCCAGUCCUGUCCAGUGCUUUGGGAUCUAUUUUCAGUAGAUGGGACCUUCCUGUACUCACUCUGCCCUUCAAUACUGCGGUGACUUUGUACUUGGCAGCCACAGGACACUACAACCUUUUUUUUCCUACAACCCUCAUCAAGCCUGUAGCAUCGGUGCCCAAUAUCACUUGGUCUGCAAUCAAUGUGCCUCUGCUUUUGCAGUCCAUCCCAGUUGGUGUUGGUCAAGUGUACGGCUGUGAAAACCCCUGGACUGGAGGCAUCUUCCUUGUUGCUUUAUUCAUCUCUUCCCCACUUAUUUGCUUACAUGCUGCAAUUGGAUCUACAGUUGGAAUGCUUGCAGCACUGAGUAUUGCAGCACCAUUUGACAGCAUCUACCUUGGCUUACACAAUUACAAUUGCGCUCUCGCAUGCAUUGCAAUUGGAGGCAUGUUCUAUGCCCUGACCUGGCAGACUCAUUUGCUGGCCCUUGCUUGUGCAUUGUUUUGUGCCUACUCUGGAGCAGCUCUUACUAAUGCACUAUCUGUGCUUGGACUACCACUCUGUACCUGGCCUUUUUGCUUCUCGGCGCUUCUCUUUUUGCUGUUAACCUCAGACAACCUGGACAUCUACAAAAUCCCCCUCUGCAAAGUCACCUACCCGGAAGCAAACAGGAUCUACUAUCUGAGAAUGAAGAGAAGAGCAUCAGAAAGCAGAAGAGAAGAGCAGAAGCAAAAGGAGCAGAAACCUUCUGGCGACUCAAGAAUAAGCACAGGUGGCACUCCCUUGUGCACCCCCAAAAACAGUCGCAAUCACUGA